CCUGCUCGCUGCUGUUACAGCUCACUUCAGAGGGUUUUCUUCGAUCUCACGGACGACAGAGCGACAACGACCCAGACCCUCCAUUUCAUCUGCAUCCCCCCCCCCCCGGUAGCCUGUUGCACUGAAACGCUGCCUGACGACGAUGAUGAGUGAUGAAGGUUGUGAUGGUUUCUGUGCAGAGGCCAUUGAAGACAUGAACGUAUGUUACAUCCUGGAUGGGAUCCUCAUCGUCUACGGUCUCAUCCUGACCGUCUUAUACUGCAGACUGAAGAUGGGUCCAGCCAACGAAAGCCCCAAGAAGCAGCCGGCUGAGGGCAUCUAUGCGGGUUUGAACACUCCCUGUAACGACACAUAUGAGACCAUCGGGAUGCAGAAGAAGCCGGUUGUCUGAUGAACAAAGCGUCAGUGUGAAGACGAUGCUGAGAACAAAAACAUAUACUGUAUAUUUUGUUAUUUCGACUUGUGGCGGGCUUGUGCAUUGUCUUUCUUAACAUAUAUAUAUAUAUAUUUUUUUUUUUUUCUUUCCAUCCAUCUCUGCGUGAAAAGAUCUGCUAUGAAAUGCUAAAACUAAUAAGCUAAUGUAAAUGUCAUGUGGGAGAGUUUUCACUGUGUUUUACAGCAGUUCUUUUUUAUUUUUUGUGUCUGUUCAUUUGUUAGAAACAUGGAGACAAAUCUUAUCCUCACAACGAGGGCUUCAGCAAAUCAAUGUUUUUUAAUCGGCUGAUUGUCUUUUCAAUUUAUUUUAGUAAAUGUCUGAAACGAAUGAAAAGUUCCUUAAGUCCUUAAGUUAUUCUCUUUGUCCAGAAUCUAAAGGAGGAAAAACAGACAGAUAGAAUCUAGAAUGAAUAAACCAGACCAAAUGUUUUAAAUUACACAUUUUCUGCUGAUUGACUAAUUAAUUAUUGACAAGAAUCUACCUACAAAUUGAUCUGAUUCGUCCAAAUCCUAUUUUAUAGGCUUUUCAUAAUCACCCAAAACCUUUUGUUUCACAGUUUUUCACUCAACAAGCUUCAAUUGUGUGUAAAUGUUUUGAUUUGGUUUCAUGUCUACUGUUGAAAAUCUUGAUUAUUGCAAUUAA